CCUUCCACUCGAUCACUCCGCGCCGCACCGCAACCCAAUCCUCUCCUUUCUCUCCUCUCCUCUCCUCUCCUCUAGCUUUCCUUCCUUCUCUUCAACACCUCACCUCCAUUCUCCACAGUCUCUCUCUCCUCCCUCCACCUCUCGGCACGCACAGCCACGUACCUUGCUGCAUAUAGCUUGCCAGCCGCCGCCAUGGCCGCCGUCACCGCCGCGGCCGUGUCGCUAUCCUCCUCCCCUGCCAAGGCUGCUGCACCGUCCCCGUCAUGCAGCCACUUCCUGGCUUACCCGCGCGUGGCCGCGCGCAAUGCCCGGGCGGUACGGGUGCAAGUUUCGACGACGGAGACGACCGAGGCGGCGCCGGCGCCGGUGAAGAAGGAGAAGAUCUCCAAGAAGCAGGACGAAGGGGUGGCGACCAACACGUACAGGCCCAAGGAGCCGUACGUGGGCAGGUGCCUGCUCAACACCAGGAUCACCGGCGACGACGCGCCCGGGGAGACAUGGCACAUGGUCUUCAGCACCGAAGGGAAGCUCCCGUACAGAGAAGGGCAGUCCAUUGGCGUGAUCGCUGACGGUGUCGACAAGAACGGCAAGCCACACAAGCUCAGGCUCUACUCCAUCGCCAGCAGCGCCCUCGGAGAUUUCGGUGACUCCAAGACGGUGUCGCUUUGCGUGAAGAGGCUGGUUUACACAAAUGAUCAAGGGGAGAUCGUCAAAGGAGUCUGCUCGAACUUCCUAUGUGACCUGAAGGCAGGCUCUGAAGUGAAGAUCACAGGACCAGUUGGUAAGGAGAUGCUCAUGCCCAAGGACCCCAAUGCCACUAUCGUUAUGCUUGCCACAGGUACCGGAAUCGCUCCGUUCCGCUCAUUCUUGUGGAAGAUGUUCUUCGAGGAGCACGAGGACUACAAGUUCAACGGUCUGGCAUGGCUCUUCCUGGGAGUUCCUACAAGUAGCACUCUGCUCUACAAGGAGGAGCUGGAGAAGAUGAAGGAGAUGGCGCCGGAGAACUUCCGGCUGGACUUCGCAGUGAGCCGAGAGCAGACGAACGCGGCGGGGGAGAAGAUGUACAUCCAGACGCGGAUGGCGGAGUACAAGGAGGAGCUGUGGCAGCUGCUCAAGAAGGACAACACCUACGUCUACAUGUGCGGGCUCAAGGGCAUGGAGAAGGGCAUCGACGACAUCAUGGUCGACCUCGCAGCCAAAGACGGGAUUGACUGGUUUGAGUACAAGAAGCAGCUGAAGAAGGGUGAGCAAUGGAACGUCGAAGUCUACUGAUGGAAUCGUCCAUGCGUCGGCACACUAUACUAGUCAUCUUGCACAGGGAUUUUGUUUUUGUUGUGCAAGCUCAACCUGCCUGCCUCUUGUAUCCAAUCUAUUCAUCAUCAGAUGCACCAGCAGCAUGCAUCCUCAGCUCAAGUGAACUGGGCUCAAAUCAAAUCAAAUAAAAUCAAACAAAUCAAAUCAUUGUACA